AUGGAUUCUAGAGAAAUCCACCAACAGCAGCAGCAGCAGCAGCAACAACAGCAUCAUCAUCAGCAGCAGCAGCUACAACCACCGCCUGGGAUGUUAAUGGGUUCCUACAAUCGAAACCCUAACGCCGCCGCGUUAAUGGGUCCCACCUCCACAUCUCAGGCGAUGCACCACCUAUUGCCCUUCAGCUCUCUCUCGCCGCAUCAGCCUCAGCAUCAUCAGCAACACCCUCAUCACCAUCAGCCUCAUCACCAUCAUCAUCAUCCUCAGCCACAGCAACAGAUGGACCAGAAAACUCUCGAAUCUCUCGGAUUCGAGGGAUCGCCUUCCUCCGCCGCGACCCAGCAACAGUCGAUGCGAUUCGGGAUCGAGCAACAGCAACAGCAGGCGAAGAAGAAACGAGGACGACCCAGGAAGUAUGCUCCUGAUGGCAACAUUGGCCUCGCUUUGGCUCCUACAUCGCCUCUUCCUUCAGCUUCUAAUUCAUACGGCGGUGGAACAGACGGAGGAGGUGGUGGAGAUAGCGGCGGAGGAGCUAACGCGAACUCUUCCGAUCCACCUGCUAAACGCAAUAGAGGUCGUCCUCCUGGCUCCGGCAAGAAGCAGCUCGACGCUUUAGGAGGAACAGGAGGAGUUGGGUUUACACCUCAUGUCAUUGAGGUCAAAACUGGAGAGGACAUAGCUAUGAAGGUAAUGGCGUUUACGAAUCAAGGACCACGCGCGAUCUGUAUUCUCUCAGCAACAGGAGCUGUGUCUAGUGUGAUGCUUCGUCAAGCUAACAAUCCCAUCAAUCCUACUGGAGUUGUUAAGUAUGAGGUCGUUGUUGGAAGCUUUGUGCCAGACUGCAAGAAACAGAAACAAAGCGUGGUGCGUGCGCAGAACAAUAACCCUGAGCCAGCUUCAGCACCAGCCAAUAUGUUGAGCUUUGGUGGUGGUGGUGGUGGAACAGGAAGCCCUCGGUCUCAGGGACAGCAACAUUCGAGCGAGUCAUCGGAGGAAAACGAAAGUAACUCUCCGUUGCACCGAGGUAGCAACAGCAACAACAACAACAAUCACAACAGUCACGGACUAUUUGGGAACUCUACGCCACAACCACUUCACCAAAUGCCUAUGCCGAUGUACCAUCAUCAUCUCUGGCCUACUAGCCACAAUACUCAAUAA